AUCCAUCGACCCUCGGGCUUGUUCGGGAGCAGAGACCGAGCUCUUGAUCUUGAGGGAGGAAGACAGCCAUGGCUCGUUUUCUUAGGCCGUCCAACUGCAUUGCCUACCUUCUCCUCCUCCUUGCCUUCUGCUGCUGCGGUAUGACAUGACAGAGAUGUUUUGGUGCGAAAGGCUGUGCUGGCAUUUGAACGAACCCAAAUCUGGAUGCUGCAUGUAGAAUUGGGAGUGCAUCCACGGAAAGAAAGUUGACUUGACAUGUGUCAGUAACAUUUCGCAAAUCUUUUCACCUCACACGUUUCUUCUUCUUUUCAUCCCUGCAGGAACAGAACAGCGGAGAGUGGAAGCAUCCAACCGACUCACCCAACACCCAAGGAUCCUGACCACCGUCUCGGUGAUGAAACCAUCGUACCCCACGAUCACCACGCCCACUUCCGCAUCCUACGCUAUGCCGGCGUCCUCCAGGUUCCCGUCGCUGGCGGAUGCGAACGACGGCGGUGACGUCGGCGGAGGUGGCAUUGGCGGUGGCGGUGCUGCUGGUGGUGCCACCGGCGGUGGUGGUACUACUGGCGGUGGCGUGGGCGGCGGCGGUGCUACGGGCGGGGGAGCUGUCGGUGGCGUGGGCGGCGGCGGUGCUGCUGGAGGCAUCGGCGGUGGCGGUGGCGGUGGGGGUGGCGGGACGUGGUGCGUGGCGAGCCAGAGCGCGAGCACGUCCGCGCUGCAGGUGGCGCUGGACUAUGCGUGCGGCUACAGCGGCGUAGACUGCUCGGCCAUCCAGACAGGUGGGAGCUGCUUCAACCCGGAUACCAUCCACGACCAUGCGUCCUACGCCUUCAACAGCUACUACCAGAAGAACCCUCUCCCCACCAGCUGCGACUUUGGCGGCACGGCCACCAUCACCACCACCGAUCCCAGUUCAGGGUCGUGCCAGUAUCCAGCGUCAAGCGGCGGCGCUCAAGGGACCAUGCCCCCGCCAUCACCGACCACUCUGACGCCGACCACGCCGAUGACUCCGACGCCGAUGACCCCAUUCACCCCGACGCCAAUGACGCCGGACACCCCUAGCACCGGGACGCCUAUGUACGGAUCAAACUCGCCACCGGACUUCGGGUCGAUGUCCCCUCCAGGCCCAGGAUCAAACUCACCUCCGGACUACAGCGACGUCGGCGGCGCCCCGGCGACGGCGAUGGGCAGGGCAACGCUGGCUCUCGUCUCCAUCCUUGCCGCGACGCUAUCGAUGAGCCUCGCCACAUGAGGCGAUACACGCGUCUCGAGAUGGCAAUCCUAUGCAGCAGUCAAAGAAGCGCGCGCCGUUGGAUGCUGGGAUGCGCACGCACGGUUGCACCGCAGAACAGAAACCUCCCUGCCGCGAAACCUUGCACAAAGCAGAGGUGCCCCAUUUGUUUAGUAGUAUCUUCACAACUCUGAAGCAUGCAUGCUGAUGCAGCUGCUUCUAGCGUCGCCACUGCUCUGCUCUAGUGGGGGGCAGCAGAUGUUUAUAUAUCCGAUUAUACUAUUGUAUUUAGAAAUUUAUGAGCAAUUUCAUUUCCUUA